GGCCAAGGAGCGCGGAGUGAGCGAGCGCGGCCGAGGGGGGGGGGGUCGCGCGGGCAGGCGGCGCGCGUGCGCGGCUGGGCUGUCUCGCGGCCGCGCUGAGGCGAGGGGCGCUGCUGCUCCUCCAGCCGCCGCCGUCGCCGCCGCCGCUCGCGCCGCCAUUUUGGAUCCGCGGCCGCCCUCCGCGCAGCAGCAGCAGCAGCGAAGGGAGAGCAGGAGAGGCGGCGCCGCUGCCGCCGCCAUUGCCCGAGCCCCGCCGCCGUCGCCGCCUCCCCCCAUUCCCCCUCCACCCCCGCCGCCGCCGCGCCUCACCCUGGCGUCGCCCGCCCGCUCGCCGGCCUCCCUCCCUGCCUGGGCGAGGGCGGCUGGCCAGGCCUGGAGGAGGAUGAGGCGGCGCGGAGGAGCCCCGGCCGGGCCUCGCUGCGAUACGUGAGAAGAUGCCAGCUGCAGUUUUCUGGGAAGAUCAAUCUGCAGACCACACACCGACUCGCUUCUAAAAAAACCAAACCAAACCCCCAAACCAUAUUGUGACAGCACGUACUGUGAUGGACCCUCAGAAUUCUGCUAUGUUAGGGCUGGGUUCUGGUUCUGAAGGGUUUCCUGAGAAAAGCCCCUCGGCAGUGGCCACAGGCGCGGCGGGAGGCAGGCGGGAAGCGGAGCUCGAUGGUAGCGCGAAGGAGGAGGAAGAGAAGAAGAGGAGCCGCGAGGGGAGCGACGACGGGGAGCUGGGCAAGGAUGCGUCUCUGUCGGAUGCCCAGCAGGCGCAGCAGUUUUCUGUGAAGGAGACCAACUUUUCGGAGGGGAAUUUAAAACUGAAAAUCGGCCUCCAAGCGAAGAGAACGAAAAAACCCCCCAAGAACCUGGAGAACUAUGUCUGCCGGCCGGCCAUAAAGACCACCAUCAAGCAGCCCCGGAGGGUGCAGAAGGGUGGGAAGAUGACGGGCGAGAAGGAGGACCCUGGCCCUGCCAAGCCGGACCCUUCAAAACUGUACAAGAAGAGCGGAGACCCCGCCAUGGUGGAAAGCUCCCCGGCUGAGGGCCGGCCCAGAGAAAGCAGCCCUCUUUCGAAGAAACCCUCCCCGCUGCACUCGGACGGGGUGGAUUAUGGGAAGGCCGCGCUUGCCCCUCUGGCCGGGAGUCGUGAGCCGGACUCCAAGGACAGAGUUCCGGUGAACGGAGCCCCGACGGUGACGGAGAAGUUGGCCCAGCUGAUUGCCACGUGCCCGCCCGCCAAGUCUUCCAAAACGAAGCCAAAGAAGCCCCCCCUGGCCACGGCUUCUGGGUUUGCGAAGGACUCGGGGAAGAAGCUGCCGGCGCCGGCAGCCGGCAAGGACUUUGUGAAGAAAGCGCCUGGCAGCGGCAGCGUGGGCGCUGCAGUGGGCAGCAAGGAUUUUGCAAAGAAGCCCCCAGGGCCUGGCCUCGGGGCGGGCUUAAUGAGCAAGGACCUGGGGGGCAAGAAGCAGCCGGCGGGGUGCCCCAGUGGGCCCGGGCCUGUCGGCAAGGAGAGUGGGAAGAAGCAGCCAGUCCUUAGCUCUCCGAUGGGGCUGGCCAGCAAGGAUAGCGGGAGGAAGCCCCUGGUGGCGGCUGUGCCGGUUGGGCUGGCCAGCAAGGAGCCUGGCAAAAGGCUCCUGGGGACUGUCGGCUCGGUUGGGUUGGCCAAUAAGGACUCCGGGAAGAAGCUGCUGGGGGCCGUCGGCCCGCCUGGGCUGGCCAACAAAGACUCGGGCAAAAAGCUGCCCGCCCCUUGCAGUCCAGUGGGGUUGCUGCCUAAGGAUGCCGGGAAGAAGCCUCCAGGAGCGGACAGCCUGGUGGGGUUCGGGGGCAAGGACUCGGGCAAGAAGCUCCCAGGCUUCGGGAGUGCCAGCGGGUUGCUGCAUAAGGACCCGGGCAAGAAGCUCUUAGGGUCUAGUGGCCCAGUGGGGUUGGCUGUGAAAGAGGCAGGGAAGAAGGCCCCGGGGUUUGGCACUGCGGCUGCCUUGGCUGCAAAGGACCCUGGGAAGAAAGUGGCCGGGGCCCACAAUCCGUCGGGGCUGGCGAAUAAGGACUCGGGAGCCCUGAAGGCAGACCCGGUGACCCCGUCUCCAGAGCCCUACAAGCGGUGUUGUGGUCCCAGCUUCAUCAGCCACGAGGGGCCCGAGCCUGCAGGCGUGUUGAAAGACGGCGUCGGCAGCAAAGCGUUCGAGAAACACGCCCCGCGGCAGAGCAAAGAGAGCCUUGCGGACAAGUCGGCGGCCCAGAAAGAAGCGGCCGGUGGCGGAGGCAAAGACGGGGCCUGCGCCCACCAGGACCCUUCCCCCUCCAGCGAAAGGAGCACUUGCGAAGCACCGAAGCAUGAGAAGCAACUGCCGGUGUAUUGCACUUCCCCGGAUUUCAGGACUACGGGAGGCGCCUCGGACAUGUCCACAGCCAAAUCUCCAUUCAGCGCCGUCGGAGAGGGCAACCUCCCCUCUCCCUCCCCAGCCGCCUCUGUCGCUGCUUUAGCCCGAAGCCCCACCGCUGUCUUGGCUCAGCUCGCUUCCAACCCGUUGCAUUUCAACAACACGCCCGAGCUCUUAGAAGGGGUUUCUGAGCAGAUCAGCAAGACCCCCUUUGCCUCGGAGGGGGCCCGCCUGAGUAUGAGCCGGCUGUCCCACCCGGGCUCGCUGGCUGCCAGCAAAGGGGUUGGCCGAGAGCUCCACGAUUCCAAAGCCACGCCGGCGGAGGCCCCCAAAGCCGGUCCCGUCUUGGGCAAGAAGCCCAGCUUGCAAGCCGUCUCCAACCUCCGUGCGGCCAUCGCCCCUUCCGUGGUGAGCUUCUCCAGCUUGUUCCACAACAAGCCCUUCCUCAAGAGCAGUGCCAUGGCUGUGUCGGGGAAGCCGUGUCAAGGAGCAGAGCCCCUGAGCGGCAGCCCGCCAGCCAAGCCCUUAAAGAAGCGGAAAGGAAGGAAGCCGCGCUGGACGAAGGUGAUCUCCAGGGGUAGCUGCCAGCCUCCCCAAGAGCUCGACCUGGGAAGGCCCGAGCUCUUCAGAAACAUGGGCUGCGGUCCGCUGUCCAGCAGCAGCCUGGACCAGGCCAAGCUCUUUAAAAGCGCCGGUCCGCCUUCCUUUGCAGAGCACGACUUUGUCAAGCGCCAGUUGCCCAAGCUCAGCAAGUCCAGCAGCCUGCCGUCUCUCUCGCUGCUGAGCCACGUCGAGAAGGAGCCUGGGAAAUUCUACAGCCCUCACUUGCAGGCUGCUGGUGUGUCGGACGACUUGUUGCCCGAGAUGUACAAGUCUAAGCGGGGCCGGUUGAAAUCCAAAGAGAUGCCCCACUUGGAAGGCCCCCCCAAAAGGACCCUGAAGAUCCCUGCCUCGAAAGUCUUCUCCGUGCAGUCGAAGGAGGAGCCCGAGCCCCCCGUGCUGCACCCGGAGGUGGAGAUCCCCUCGCUUCGGGAGAGCCUCGCGGAGCAAGCUUUUCCAAAGAAGAGGGGUCGGCCCAAGAGGCAGAUCCGAUCGGGGGUCAAGAUGAAACCGCCUGUCCUCUCCAUGGCGCCUUUUGUCACUGCGGACAACUCCGACAAGCUGGAGUCUGAACCCGAACAGCCACAGAGUGGGGAUUUCUUUGAAAAGGCGGACCCGCUGGGGAGCCCCGAGGAGCUUGGGAAAUCGAGUGCCUGCCCCAUGACUGAUCUGGAGGAGGAGCCGGACCACAAGGAGAGCAAGCGCAGCAACGGGCAGCUCAUGAAGACCAUCAUCCGCAAGAUCAACAAGAUGAAGACGCUAAAGCGGAAGAAGCUCUUGAAUCAGAUCCUCUCCUCGACCACGCCCGAACCAAAUAAAGGGAAAGUGCAAUCCAGACUCCACACGACGGUCUCGACCCUCGCGGCCACCUUUGGCUCGAAACUGGGCCAGCAGAUCAACGUCAGCAAGAAAGGAACCAUCUACAUAGGAAAGAGGCGGGGCAGGAAGCCGAAAGCGGUCCCUAAUGGCCUCUUGGCUGCUGGCUCUGCUGGCUUGGCGGUGCUUGAGAAGUCUGCCCAGCAGGCCGUGGGGAUGGCCCUGGGGCAGGCGGUCCCGCCUCUCCUGCCGUCAGCCACGAGUAACCCCGAGAUUCUCCCCUCUCCCGUUUGCUCUCAGUCUUCCGGGGUGAGCGGGGGGCAGAGCCCCAUCAGCAGCGACAUGGGCUUUGUGGAGCCGAAUUCGGUGCCCUAUUUGCACCUCCACUCCAGGCCGGGCAGCGUGGUCCAGACCCUCGCCAUGCGGAAGGCCUCCAGGGCCCGGAGGCGGCUCUCCCCGCCCACCCUGCUGCCCAACUCCCCCUCGCACAUGAGCGAGCUGAGCUCCCUGAAGGAGGCCACGCCGUCGCCCAUCAGCGAGUCGCACAGCGACGAGACCAUCCCCAGCGACAGCGGGAUCGGGACCGACAACAACAGCACUUCCGACCGGGCCGAGAAGUUCUGCGGCCCCAAGAAGCGGCGGCACUCCUUCGACCACGUCUCCCUGGUGGCCCCCGAGGCCUCCGCCGUCCUGAGCGGCCUCAAGGAGAAGCACAAGCACAAGUGCAAGCGCCGGGGCCACGACUACCUGGCCUACGACAAGCUGAAGCGGCGGAAGCGGAAGAAGAAGUACCCCCCGCUGCGCAGCCGGCAGGACCCCGACUUCCUGGCCGAGCUGGAGGAGCUGAUCGGCCGCCUGAGCGAGGUCCGGAUCACCCACCGCAGCCACCACUUCAUCCCCCGGGACUUGCUGCCCACCAUCUUCCGCAUCAACUUCAACAGCUUCUACACGCACCCCACCUUCCCCUUGGACCCUUUGCACUACAUCCGGAAGCCCGACUUGAAGAAGAAGCGGGGCCGGCCGCCCAAGAUGCGGGAGGCCAUGGCGGAGAUGCCCUUCAUGCACAGCCUCAGCUUCCCCCUGUCCGGCACCGGCUUCUACCCUUCCUACGGCAUGCCUUACUCUCCCUCCCCGCUCGCCGCGGCGCCCAUCGGCCUGGGCUAUUACGGGCGGUACCCACCGGCCCUGUACCCGCCUCCGCCCUCCCCGUCCUUCACCACCCCGCUCCCGCCGCCGUCCUACGUGCACACCGGCCACCUGCUCCUCAACCCCGCCAAGUACCACAAGAAGAAGCAUAAGCUGCUGCGCCAGGAGGCCUUCCUCACCGCCAGCCGGGCGCCCCUCCUCUCCAUGAGCACCUACCACCCCAGCGUCCCGCCGGAGAUGGCCUACGGCUGGAUGCUGGAGCACAAGCACCGCCACCGCCACAAGCACCGGGAGCACCGCUCGGCCGAGCCCCCCCAGGUCUCCAUGGACGCCUUGGCCGCCAGCGGGCCCUCCCGCACUGUCCUGGAGUCCCUGAAGCGCUACCGCUUCGGCAAGGAGGCGGCGGGCGAGCGGUACAAGCAUAAGGAGAAGCACCGCUGCCACCUGGCCUGCCCGCACCUCUCCCCCUCCAAAGGCCUGCUGGGCCGGGAGGAGCCCUGGGUCCGGAGGGAGCCGGCCGAGGCGGGCUCGCUGGCCCUGGGCUUGCAGGCCCCGCUGCCGGUCGACUGCCUGGACGCGCCACCCAGCCUGCCUCUGGGGAGGUUCACGCCCAGCUCCGAGCCGGCCGGCAGCGACGAACACACGAACCUUUUCACGAGUGCAAUCGGCAGCUGCCGGGUCUCCGGUGCCGCCGCCGCCGCCAGCAGCGGGCGCAAGAAACUGUCGGACGGCUCGGGACUCUUCAGCCCGCAGGACGCCUCGCUCGGCCGGCCCCUCCGGAAGGAGACGUUGCCCCCCCUGGAGAAGGCGCUGCCGACCCUCUCGGGAACGCUUCCCGCCCAGGACAAGCCCACGCAGAGGCCGGCAGAGGGCAUGGCCGGCAGCCCUUCCCGGAAGAGGUCUUCGUCGGAGAGCACGUCUUCGACAGUGGCCGGGAUCCCUGCGCGCAGUACCAGGCUGGGGACCGCGAUGGAAGAGUCCGUGGAGAAUCUGUUGCAGCGCAUGGCGCAGCACGAAAGCCCCGGCGUGCUGGACAAAACCCUGGAGGCGGUCAUGGCCAGCACGCCUGCCCCUCCCGCGGGGAGCCCCAGCCGCAGCCCCAGCCGGGAGAAGAGCGGCGGCCUCUCCAUCCUGGGGGGCCCCCCGAGCGACUCGGGCCGCGACGGCCUCUCGCUGCUCUCCGACCGGCUGGCGGGCGGCUACUCCCCGCACCACCUCAAGAGGAGCAUGGUGGAAGCCAUGCAGCGCCAGGCCCGGAAGAUGUGCAAUUACGACAAGAUCUUGGCCACCAAGAAGAACCUGGACCACGUGAACAAGAUCCUCAAGGCCAAGAAGCUGCAGCGGCAGGCACGGACCGGCAACAACUUUGUCAAGCGCCGGCCGGGCCGGCCCCGGAAAUACCCCUUGCCGUCGGUGGUCUCCGUCCACGCCCUGCAAGUGAGCCGCCUGGUCAGCCCGGAGCUCGGCAGCGGGGAAGGCGGCUGCCCGCUGCGCCGGGGCCCCGACACGGUCACGGACGCCAUCGAGUCGGUGGUCCAGGGGGUGAACGUGAAGGGGUGGAAGAGGAAGCGGUGGCUGGAGGAGGAGGAGGAGGAGGAAGAGGAGGAGGAAGAGGAGCACGCCAGCAAGAGGCAGAUGCUCCUCCCGGAAGACGAGCAGGAGAGCCACAGAAGCUUUUCUGAGAUGGGGCCCGAGCCCCCCGCACCCGAGGAGGCGACGGCGAAGCCGCGCGAGCCGGAGGGCGUCGAGCAGCCUCCGACUCCCCUCGUCCCGCGGGAGAAGAAAGCCGCCCGCCCCCCCAAGAAGAAGUACCAGAAGGCCGGGCUCUACUCCGACGUGUACAAAACGACCGACCCCAAAAGCCGACUGAUCCAGUUGAAGAAAGAGAAGCUGGAGUACACGCCCGGAGAGCACGAGUACGGCUUGUUCCCGGCCCCGAUCCACGUGGGAAAAUAUCUCCGCCAGAAGCGAAUCGACUUCCAGCUGCCCUACGACAUUCUCUGGCAAUGGAAACAUAAUCAGCUGUAUAAAAAGCCAGAUGUCCCCCUUUAUAAGAAGAUCCGUUCUAACGUCUACGUGGACGUGAAGCCUCUCUCUGGUUACGAGGCCACCACUUGUAACUGCAAGAAGCCCGAAGACGGCCACAAGAAGGGCUGCCUGGAUGACUGCUUGAACAGGAUGAUCUUUGCCGAGUGCUCCCCCAACACCUGCCCCUGCGGCGACCAGUGCUGCAACCAGCGGAUCCAGCGGCACGAGUGGGUGCAGUGCCUGGAGCGCUUCCGGGCCGAGGAGAAGGGCUGGGGCAUCCGCACCAAGGAGCCCCUCAAGGCCGGGCAGUUCAUCAUCGAGUACUUGGGAGAGGUGGUCAGCGAGCAGGAGUUCCGGAACCGCAUGAUCGAGCAGUACCACAACCACAGCGACCACUACUGCCUGAACCUGGACAGCGGGAUGGUGAUUGACAGCUACCGCAUGGGCAACGAGGCGCGCUUCAUCAACCACAGCUGCAACCCCAACUGCGAGAUGCAGAAGUGGUCCGUCAACGGCGUCUACCGGAUCGGGCUGUAUGCGCUGAAGGACAUGCCUGCCGGCACCGAGCUGACUUACGAUUACAACUUCCACUCCUUCAACGUGGAGAAGCAGCAACUCUGCAAAUGCGGCUUUGACAAGUGCCGAGGGAUCAUCGGGGGCAAAAGCCAGCGCAUGAACGGCCUCCUGAGCAAAGCCAACCAGCCGGUCACCACUCAGAGGAGGCCCAGCCGGUCCAAAGAGAAGAGGAAAUCAAAGCACCAGUUGAAGAAGAGGAAGGGCCACGUCCCCGAGGAGCCCAGCGAAAGCUCCAGCACCCCGACGAGACUGACUCCGCAGCUGCAAAUGAAGCCCAUGUCGAACAGGGAACGGAACUUUGUGCUGAAGCAUCACGUCUUCCUGGUGCGCAACUGGGAGAAGAUCCGGCAGAAGCAAGAGGAGGUCAAGCACGCCAGCGACAAUCUCCACUCCGCCUCCUUGUACACCCGCUGGAACGGGAUGUGUCGGGACGAUGGCAACAUCAAGUCUGACGUCUUCAUGACACAGUUCUCCGCCCUGCAGACGGCGCGCUCCGUGCGGACACGGCGACUGGCCGCCGCCGAAGAGAACCUGGAGGUGGCCCGUGCCGCCCGCCUGGCACAGAUCUUCAAAGAGAUCUGCGACGGCAUCAUCUCCUACAAAGAUUCCUCCAGACAAGCACUUGCAGCUCCAUUGCUGACGCUUCCCCCAAAGAAAAAAAACGCCGAUUACUACGAGAAGAUCUCGGAUCCCCUCGACCUUGUCACCAUCGAGAAGCAGAUCCUGACAGGCUAUUACAAAACGGUGGAAGCUUUUGACGGCGACAUGCUGAAGGUCUUCCGUAACGCCGAGAAGUACUACGGCCGGAAGUCUCCGAUCGGGCGGGACGUCUGCCGGCUGCGGAAGGCCUACUACAACGCCCGCCAUGAGGCCGCCGCCCAGAUCGACGAGAUCGUGGGGGAGACGGCGAGCGAGGCGGACAGCAGCGAGACCUCCCUGUGCGAGAAGGAGAGCGGCCACGAGAAGGACGAGGACGUGAUCCGGUGCAUCUGCGGCCUGUACAAGGACGAAGGGCUCAUGAUCCAGUGCGACAAGUGCAUGGUUUGGCAGCACUGCGACUGCAUGGGGGUGAACUCUGACGUCGAACACUACUUGUGCGAGCAGUGCGAGCCUCGCACGGUGGACAGGGAGGUGCCCAUGAUUCCCCGGCCCCAUUAUGCCCAGCCUGGGUGUGUCUAUUUCAUCUGCCUGUUACGGGAUGAUCUGUUGCUACGCCAAGGUGACUGCGUGUACCUGAUGAGAGACAGCCGGAGGACCCCCGACGGCCACCCCGUCCGGCAAUCCUACCGCCUGCUGUCCCACAUCAACCGAGAGAGACUCGACAUCUUCCGCAUUGAGAAGCUCUGGAAAAACGAGAAGGAGGAACGCUUUGCCUUCGGCCACCACUACUUCCGUCCACACGAAACGCACCACUCCCCCUCCCGGAAGUUCUACCACAACGAGCUGUUCCGGGUGCCGCUGUACGAGAUCAUCCCCUUGGAGGCCGUGGUGGGGACUUGCUGCGUGCUGGAUCUCUACACCUACUGCAAAGGAAGGCCCAAGGGCGUGAAGGAGCAAGACGUCUACAUCUGCGACUACCGCCUCGACAAGUCGGCCCACCUCUUCUACAAGAUCCACCGGAACCGCUACCCGGUGUGCACCAAGGCCUACGCCUUUGACCACUUCCCCAAAAGGCUCACGCCCAAGAGAGAUUUCUCGCCUCACUAUGUACCAGACAACUACAAGAGAAAUGGAGGCAGGUCGUCCUGGAAGUCCGACCGUUCCAAGUCCCAAGCCAAGGACCUUGGCCAGGAGGAGGACCCGCUGCCCCUCAUGGAGGACGUGAUCGCCAGCCAGGAGCCCGCUCCCAGCGAGCCGGUGCCUGCCCUGGAGGAGCCCGAGAAAGAGGCGCCCCCCCCGGAGAGCGGCGAGGCGGACAAGAAGGCGGAGGAGAGCAGCCCCGUCCCCCGCUGCCCCUGCAGCCCGGAAGAGCGCCGGCACCUGCAGCGGGAGAGGCUCAACCAGAUCCUGCUCGCCCUCCUCGAGAAAAUCCCAGGGAAAAACGCCAUUGACGUCACCUACCUGCUAGAGGAAGGUUCGGGGAGGAAGCUACGGCGGCGGACGCUGGCCCUUCCGGAGAGCAGCUUCAGGAAGUGACGUCGCAUCCCGGAGAGAGGCUGUGGCCUGGAGUUCCGCUGUUCGAUGUGCGUGGGACUGAUGGACGGGCGAGGUUGUACCUCCUCCCUGCACCUCCCAGUGUGUUGAGCGGAGGGAGGGGCCGGGGGGGGCGGCGGAAGGAAACUGACAAAACGGUUCUGUAGCACUUAGUCAAUGCGAUUGGGCAGCCCUGCCCCGCCCCGCCCCGCCCGGCAGUGCUCUUAUGGUGUGUGUGGUGUUGGGCGUGCCUUGUUGUCAAUGUUAAGGUACUAAGGAAACUUUGUGGUUUAUUUGUCCGAGAUGGUCAAAUUUCGGUUAAUUUAUUUUAUUUUUUAUUUUUAUUUUUUUUUGCUCCGAUGUCCCCACUCAGAGGAAGGGGAAAGGGGGUGUGCGGAGGGGGAGCGGGAAGGUAAACAGGUUCGGAACUGGUCUCCUUCAGUAGGAAUCCUCCCCAGGACCCGCCACUUCGCUUUACCUGCGCAGCACUGGACAUCCGGACCCGCUGUGGCAGUGCUGCCGAGGGAGGCAGCCCAGCCUCGAGGGAGGGACGGAAAGCACGAAGCGGAGAGGCCGGCCUUUGCCUUCUGCGAGUCGUCUCAGAGGACGGGCGGCGCUUUGACCACAGGAGGCGUGUCGGGCGGAUCGUGUGGGAAGCACCCCGUCGGCUCAAAAGCCCCGGCAAAGCGGUUUCGGUUUGAAGCACUUGUUCUGCGCCUGGAAGCCUGGGGUAGGCGGGAUGAGCAUUUUUGUUUCACUUUUUGCUGCAGAGAAGUUUUCUAGAGCAAGUCGAGUCCUGACGCCACCCUGCUGGGAUCUCCUUUUUUCUUUUUCUUUUAAAAAAUAAGCUGUGGUUCGUGUGUGUCCAGUGUAUUGUGAAAAUUUAAAAAAACAAAAGCAAAACACCCUGUCAAAACGGCGAAGAUGGCGGGUGGGAAAAGCAACCUUUCACUACAUGAACCUUGGAGCAGUAUUUCUGAGCGAGUAUUUGUUGUGAACCGUAGACUAUUAUCCACUGACUACACUACUCUUGUGUUGCGUUUCCUUUCCCCCCCCCAUUUCUUUUUUCAAGGAAGAACUGUACAGCUUAAAGUGUCCGUCUCUGAAAGAGACAGUGUAUUUGACACUCCUGCCUCUCUCUGCCCUCAUCCAGGGGGGGAAAAGGUGUUACCUCCUCCUAUUGAUGGCAGUGAAGGAAGGAUUUCCUUGUUUGUACCUGGUACGGUCUUGAGCUGCCCCAGUUAACAGUUGCCCAGGUCCAGAGGUGCGACCCCUCCGUGGUCUCCGGGGCCUCCGGUCUGCAGGUUAGGCAAAAGGUUGUCGGCAGCUGGGCCUACACUGACCCUUUAACCUGGCUUGUCUCUCUUUGACGUUCAUAUGCAUAUUACAGUCCUGUUUUAGAUGUCCUUAUAAGAGAAUCCCGUUUUUCAAUGUGCCAAGUUGUAUAUAUCUUAAAAAAAUCUUUUUCUUUUGCUACGUGGUUGUAAAGCAAUAUUGUAGGCUCCUCUCAUGUUCCUCGACGGACCAAGCUCGUCCCGAUUGUACAUUCUUGUUAACUAUAAUUAUUAUUUUGCUCUUAGUUUGGAACAACAACAAAAAAGAGACUCAUUCCAUUUAAAAAUUUUACCUGAUGAUUUAAAAAAUAAAAAUAAAUAAGAAGUUAAAAGUGUGGGAGGGAGCGGGGGGGGUGGGAGAAAGAAAAAACACCCUUUGAGGAGAGAAAAAAAUAUUUUAUUAAAAAAAAAAAAGACAAAUAAGAAAAUAGUUUGGAAUAUUUUCUUACUGUAGAGAAGCAUUGUACAGGAGAACCCGGAGUAUAAAAUACUCAUUUGUGUCGUGGGUGGGGGGAGAAAAAAAAAACCGCAUGUCCGAUAAACCCUUAUUGAGUCGCUCCAUUUAGUUCAAAACCGGGGGGGGGGGGUUGGAAUUGUCAUCUCGAAAUGGUGUUAAACACUAAAAAAGAAAAAGAGAAAAAAAGAAGAAAAAAGGUCCUUUUUAAAAAGAAAAAAAAACUAACAAAAAACACGCCCAGAAGCGAGACACUUGCUCUGCCAUUUUAUCUUUCUUUUGUUGAAAGACUAAAAACAACGUUUUUUAGACAAUCAAAUUCUAGGUAAGUGCGAAGAAUUUGUGUUGGGUUUUUGUUUUGGGGUUUGGGGGAUUUUUUUGGUUUGUUUUUUGUUUUUGUUUUUUGUUUUUGAGUUUUUCGGUUUUGUUUUUCUUACUGGUGUAGAAAAUUACUGACUUUUUUUAAAAGAAAAAAAAUUGGGGGUUGGGAGGGAGUUAUUUUGUAUUAACUGAGGAGACGGGCAGCGUUUCACCCAAUCGCUGAUGGGAGGCCCAGAAAAAGAGGAAGAGAAAAUUUAAAAAGCACUACGUUUGUUGCAAAUAUAGAUACGAACUCUUUUUAGUCUGCAUGGGGAUAGGCCGUGUGGUUGCUGAGAAGAAAUGCUGCUAAUAUAUUUCCUUUUUACAAAAGCAUAUCUAAAUUGACCAUUGUUUUGUUGUUAAUCUUUGUAAAUUAUGUAUUACCAAUUUUAACAUUGGAUGUAAUUGCAUAAAAGGCCUGCAUCUCAAAUACUGAGAGAUUCUAGUAUUAAAUGGAAAAAAAUGUUUCUUA